AUGAGGAGCAAGCUUUUUAAGGUUCAUGUGCAGGUUGAUGUGCAGGUUCAUGUGCAGGUCGGUUUUGUUGGAAUUUUAUUAGUUUUGGUUAAAGUUGUGUUUGUUGGUUUUCAAGUCUGUGUGGACAUGAAAGUAGGAGAGAAAAUUGAUGAACAAAAAAGUCAACAACUUGGGCUUUCUUUUGUUGAUCUUCCUCUGGACAUCAUGACACAUAUUCUGAUAAGACUUCCCAUUAAGUCUAUUCUGGUUUGUAAAUUUAUUUGCAAAAGUUUUAACUCUGUUAUCUCAGACCCACAUUUUUCCAAGUUACACUUUAAGCAUGCACCAAGUGGUUUCAUGAUUCGGACAAGUGAUCCAAAUCGAUUGUCAAGAUUUGUGCACCUUCUUGAGUAUGAGCCUGAAAAGUUUAACAAUAAUGACAUCCAAUGUUGUUAUUGUGAGGAUGACUUUAUCAAACAAGAAUGUUACAACCAUGUUAAGCUUGAGCCUAAAUUCAAGCUUCCUGUUCAUGGUGGAAACUUAAUUUUGGACAAAAUAAAUGGUCUAAAUAGUGAUGUUAGAAAAAGGUCUUAUGCUGAGCACGAGUCAAAAUAUGAUAGGUUUAUGGUGGUUAAUUCUUGUAAUGGUUUUCUUUGCUUGUGUGAUCGGGUCAAAAACUAUUUUGUUGUUUGCAACCCAGUUACAAGUGAGUUCAUCAGACUUCCAGAAGCUACCAAAAUGGAUAAAAAUAAAUUUUGGCACCAAGUUGUAUAUCCUGGUUUCGGUUUCAAUCCCAAAACUAACGAAUAUAAGAUUGUUAGAGUAUUGAAGAGACAUAAAAAUUGGUGGGAUCGUAAAGGUACUAUGACUGUUGAUAUGUUCACAUUGGGAACAUCAAAAUGGAGGAAUGUUGAAGUUCAUCUUCAGCAUAUCUUCAAUGUUGAAGUUAAUCAUCAACAUAUCUUCAAGCUUCUAUUUCCCACUUGUACGAAUGGGGCACUUCAUUGGAUCUGUUCUCAUGAUAACAAAGGGUCACUAUUGUGUUUCAAAUUUAAAAAAGAGAGGUUCCAUUCUUUCCCUUCUCCUCCUGGUGUGUUCAUUGAAGGAAAAUAUGGUACAAAUAAUGUCAGCAUGGGAAACUUAGGAGGAUUUCUUUACAUAUGUGAUUCAUCAUCUCUAGAUACUCCUGUUACAAUGUGGAUCAUGAAGAAAUAUGGUAUUGGAGAAUCAUGGACUAAGGUUUUCAGCAUUGAUGCAUUGAACAAAAAAUGUUGGCCAUAUGGUGGUUUAUAUUGGCCAGUAAAAAACUUCAAUGAUGGUGCUGCUAUGUUGAUGUGUCAUUCCUCCAGGGUCUUUAUCUAUUAUGAACCCAAAAAGUGUGUAUUCAAAUUAUUCAAGGUACGUGGGACACAAUCAAAUAGGUUGGAGGUAAUUCCACAUAUUCCUACUUUCAUCUCACUCAAGACUGUUGUGAAUGGAAACAAUAUCAGGCUGUUGGAUGCUAACUCACGGUCUACAAAGUUUAAAUUGGCCGAAGAAAAUGAAGCUCUUUUCUUAGCUAAAGUGAUCGUUGAAGUUAAUGUUGAAGUUGAUGAAGAAUAG